AUGGGGUGGCGGUUGGUAGGCCGUCAUCAUAAUGACAAGGACAAGUUUGGUAGCGAGAAGUAUGACAUACUUGAUGAAAAGAUAAAGGUCUUCAAGGAUUACUGUCGAAAGGCUGGUGUUGACGUCGGCCAAUAUCACGAUGCAUACUCGACAAUGCUGAAAGGACGAGCUUUACAGUUCUACUUCGACUACCUUGCCGAGAAAGGACUUAGCUUUGAACAAAUGGUCAUCAAAUGCAAAGAAUUCUUUCACACAGCUGAGAAUCAGCAAUUGUACAUGACUGAAUGGCAUGGUACAAACAUGCAUACAGUCAUCGAAGAGAACCCAGGCAAGGAUCUACAGACAUGCCUGGAAAUACUCAUUUCCUUCCCCGUCAGACAGAUGACUGAUGUCAGUCUGUAUCUUUCCUUAUGUUUGCGAUGGCUUAAUAUUCACGGCACAAAAGGGAGGCAGAUCCACGAGAUGACCCAUGCCCUGGAAGCGCAAUAA